CCCGGAUGGCGAUCUCAUAGACUGCGUUCCCUCGCAUCUCCAACCGGCUUUCGAUCACCCCAUGCUGAAAGGAUCAAAGCCUUUGGAUCCACCGGAGAGACCCAGAUGCCACACCGGCGACGGUAUGGCCGACGACUUCGUCCAGCUAUGGACUACCUCCGGAGAGACGUGCCCGGAAGGAACGGUUCCGAUCAGAAGAACCAAGGAGGAAGACAUACUUCGCAUAGAGAGGUUCGGCAGGAAGCCAUUCGCGAGAGCACCGCAAAGCACCAACGUCAGUAACCACGAGUACGCGAUCGGGCAUGUCGAGGGAGAACAAUACUACGGUGCACAAGCAUUGUUCAAUGUUUGGGCUCCUCAAGUGGCCAACCGCGGUGAGUUCAGCUUAUCGCAAUUAUGGAUCAUCUCGGGAAAUUUUGGCAAGGAUCUGAACACUGUCGAAACAGGGUGGCAGGUGUAUCCUGAGCUGUAUGGAGAUUCACUCCCGAGGUUCUUCGUUUAUUGGACGAACGAUUCAUAUCAAAACACAGGCUGCUACAACCUCUACUGUUCGGGCUUCGUCCAGACCUACAACAGUGUCGCUGUAGGAGCAACUAUCACCAAAACAUCGACGUAUAAUGAUACUAAUCUGCAGUAUGUGAUCAGAAUCACGGUGUGGAAGGAUCAAAAGACUGGGAACUGGUGGCUGCAGCUGGGAUCAACAGUUGUGGGAUACUGGCCAAGCUUCUUGUUCAGUAACCUUGCAAGCAGUGGAACCAUGGUGGAAUUUGGUGGGGAGAUCGUCAACACCCGUCCUUCCGGCAACCACACCGACACCCAGAUGGGCAGCGGACACUUCGCGGAAGAAGGCUUCGGCAGAGCUGCCUACAUCCGCAGCAUACGAAUCGUGGAUUCGAACGACACACUGAUCCCGGCGAGAAACCUCACCUACUACGCCGAUAAUCCGAACUGUUACGACGUACAAGGCGGCGUCGACAAUUCAGGGGAGAGCUUCUUCUACUUUGGAGGUCCAGGAAGAAACGCUAGAUGCCCAUGAAAGACUAGAAGAGCUUCUCUCUCCAAACCACUCGUCGUCUUCAUGUGUGUGGCUGCUGCUCCUUCCUUUUCCUUGAAUAAUGGUGAAGAAGACAUGCAUCUAUCUUCUUCGCAACAUCUAAUUUCUGCUGUGGUUUGUCGUGGAAGUGUUCGUUUCGUUGAAUAAUGGCGAAGAAAUUGUCUUCUUCGCGAGUCGAGGUUGGUUGUGAAGGUGUGGUCGUUGUCUUCGUGUCGUAUGGGAAUGGGAAGCAAGAAGAAAUGGUCUGCAAAAUAAUGCAGUUCUAUCAAAUAUAUGUAAUGUUGGCAUACUAAAAGGUCUGCAUUGUUGU